AACUACAUAAUAUGUAUCUAUUAAGAUGUAUGCUUGUAUUUAAUAUAAUAAGUGCAAUAAGCAUAUUUAUAAUUUUAUAGAAAAUAUUUUUAAGAAAUAAGGAUGAUAAGGUUUAUAUCAGUAUUUUUGGUUAUUUGAGUAAAAGAAAAUCAAUACUGGACUAUCCCAAGAUAACAUAAGCAUUCCAACAAGUUGUAGCUAGAUUCUUGUGUAGAAUAUGAAAAAACUGUCAUAGUGUAUAUUAUAUAUUAAAAAUAUAUGAUAUUCAUAUGAGUUAGAAGCAAAAGAUAUUAUUUUGUCAUGGAAGAUAGUGGAAUUGAAAGUGACCCAAAGAUAAUUACUCACAACGAAGAUGAAAAACUUUUUCUGGGAAGCGAUAGUAGUUGUAACAGUAAUCAAACGCAAACAUCUCAACGAAGCUCUACUAAACAAUGGCAAAAGAAACUUGAAGCACGAAUUGAACAAGCAAAACGAAUUCAACUUAAUUCAGAUUAUAUAAAACUUCCAAAACAUGAGACGUCUAAAAUAAAUGCAUGUAGUAAUAAUACUAGUGGAUUAAUAUCAAUAGAAAGAUUGCCCAUACCAUCUAAAAAUAAAGAAAAUCUUCCUUUAGUUGAAUAUUGGCAUAGUGGAAGUGAAAGUGAUGAUGAAACUACUCUUUUCUCAUUAUCAAAAGGAAAAGAGUCUUUGAAACAUAAACGAGAGCUUACUGAUACAUUCAGUAUUGAGGAUUUGAGUGAAGAAAGUGAAGAUUCUUUGAAUUUAGAUCCAACACAACCAUCUCAUGCUUUUACGUGGACUUAUGUACCUUCUGGAUGUUUUGCUUGUCAUUGUCAAAUAUUAUAAUGUAAAAUAAGUUAUAUUUAGUGAAAACUAUAUAAAUUAUUUAUGAAUGAUUAAUAUUGACAUUUAAAUUAUCUAUGAUAUAUGGUAUUUGGUGGAUAAUUAGUAUGCAUUAUAUAUUUUCAAAUACUUUUUAAGAAAGUAACAAAGUUCAAAUAUUUUUAUGUGCUUCUAUUGUAAAAGAUGCUAAUAUUAAUAAAAUACAUAUAUAUUCCUUUUUUGCGUAUCUCAA